AUGGCGUCCCCGGGGUUCACCAGCAACUCGUUCGUUCCCCUCUCCAGACAGAGCAGUGGACUCCACAGGACUACUACGAGGCCCACAACCACAGCGACCAGCGUGGCAACCCAGGACAUUAUCUGUGCAGUUAGCGAAUCCCGCGGCAUUUCCUCGACUGUAGGUCUUGCCUUUGUCAAUCUCUCGACUGCAGAGACGGCUCUGUGCCAGAUAUGUGACAGCCAGACCUAUGUCAAGACGGUGACGAAGAUCGGAGUGUUUGAGCCGACAGAGAUCCUUUUUAUGAAUACUGCCAAAGAAUCCAAACUGUUUUACAUUAUUGAGGAGAAUGUUCCAAAUACUACGUUGACUUUUCUAGACCGCAAGUUCUGGUCGGACAAGACCUGCCUUGAGUAUGCAGAUCGACUGGCUUUUCCAAUGGAUAUUGAAUCGAUCAAGAUCACGUUCGGGGGAAACUACUUCGCCGCCUGCUGCUUUGCUGCGGUAAUCCAGUAUGUUGAGCUCGAGUUGAACAGGGUCUUUAUGGCGCAAUCCCUUCGAAUACGGUUUGAGCCCUCCCAAGGAUCGAUGUCAAUCGAUCUGCCCACCAUUUUCUCCCUAGAGUUGAUUCAAAAUCUCCAUUUGAGGAAGUCGAAGGAGAACCUAUAUGGUCUCCUUAACGAGACCCUCACUCCCAUGGGUGCAAGACUCCUUCGAGCCAAUCUCCUGCAACCUUCGACGGAAGAGUCGAAGUUAUUGGCGAGAUACGACGCUGUGGAGGAUUUGUCCACGAAGGAAGAGAUGUUCGCAUCCGUUAGACAAGCCCUAAAGGGAUUUGUCGAUGCGGACAAGGUCCUCACAUCGCUCGUUCUUGUUCCUACCAAACAAACUUUCCAAUACCUCGAGCAGUCCGUGAAUAAUGUCAUCAUGUUAAAGACAUGCGUUUCUUCGAUCAAGCCCGUGUACAAGGCACUCGCACCGGCACAGAGCAGUCUAUUACUGACUAUCAGAGAGCUGUGUGCCCCAGUGGAAUAUCGAGAUAUUGAACAAAUGAUUGAAGACACAAUCAAUGACCACAUCACGUAUCAAUCAAAGCCACUAGACCUCAGAAAUCAACGUAUCUACUGUAUCAAGGCCGGAGUAAACACUCUGCUUGACGUUGCGAGACAAACAUACAAGGAGGCGAGCGUAGACGCUGCAGAGCUCGUAGCAAAACUCUCAGAGACUCACUCCGUUGACCUGGAUUUGAAGUUCGACAAAGCUCGCCAAUACUAUGUAAGCUUCCAGGCGACAGAGCUGGAUUCACUCCCGGAAAUAUUCAUCAAUGUGUACCGCAAAAAGAACCGCAUUGAGUGUCAGACUCUUGACCUCGUAAAGCUUAACCAAAAGAUUACAGACGCGCACAAUGAGGUGGUCAACAUGAGCGACGAGACGGUCCAGGAGCUAAUCAGAGACGUUUGUGCUGGAAUCUCCAAAAUGUUUCGAGCAAGCGAAGCAAUAGCCAUGCUCGACAUGCUAGCCGCAUUUGCGCAGCUCGCUACGUGCAAUGACUACAUUCGCCCUGAACUGACCGACACCCUGGCUAUCAAAGAUGGGCGCCACCCAAUUCGUGAGAAAAUCCACGCAAAGAAGUUCAUUCCUAAUGAUGCCUACGCGACACAGCAAUCUCGGUUCCAGAUCAUCACCGGGUGCAACAUGAGUGGAAAGUCCACAUACAUUCGUACCUUGGCCCUAAUGACCGUCAUGGCACAGGUUGGCUGCUUUGUUCCAGCAGAGCACGCUUCAUUUCGUAUUGUCCACGAGCUUUUUGCUCGUGUGUCCACUUCCGAUGAUCUAGAGGCAAACGUGUCGACUUUUGCCGCGGAGAUGCGCGAGAUGUCGUUUAUACUUCGAAAUAUCUCGCCUCGUAGCAUGGUCAUCGUCGACGAACUCGGCCGCGGCACUAGCACCACCGACGGCUUGUGCAUCGCCAUCGCAAUUGCGGAAGCCUUAAUACAAAGUAAGGCGCUUGUCUGGUUUGUGACUCAUUUUCAAGACCUAGCUACUAUCCUAGCCCAACGCAGUGGCGUCAUCAGUCUCCAUCUAGCAGCGGAGAUAUUGCCCGAUGCAUCUAAAAUGACGAUGCUUUACAAGAUUGCCGAAGGUCCUAACACAAGCCAGUUCUAUGGUCUGACGCUGGCCAAACUGGUCGAUCUAUCGUCUGUCGUGCUUCAGACUGCCCGGAGGGUCUCUGAACAGCUGAGCAAGAUUUCAGAGAGGCGACACGGGUCUUCGAGGGCACUGAAUGUGGCUCGAAAGCGCAACUUGUUACUUUCGCUCCGAGAACAACUCCUUCAAGCCCGGAGUGGAAAUUUUAAAGGCGAGAUGCUGAGGAAAUGGCUCCAAAGACUACAGGACGACUUCACAUUGCGUAUGGCCGCGAUUGAUGAAGAGGAUGAUGCCCUGAUCGAAGAGAGUGAUGGAUUUAUUGCAGGAGAGGACAACUCCGACUCCGACUUCGAUGAUGAUGGCGGUAGUAACAACCACGAUUAUUCCGACCAAGAAGAACUCGAAAUGGGAUUCAUCAGUUCAGGUCAAUCGAUUGCACUGGGAAGCCCGUUCGAAUAUUCCGACGACGGACUUCCAUCCGACUCCAUACAAGUAUUUAACGAUGGGUCGACAGACGAAAUGUUGACUUUUGCAACCUCGUCGUCAGACGGACAAGUGCUGGGCGUUGAAGUUUCAUCCGACAUCUUUUCAUAGAUGAGCAAUGGAUCGGUUUCAUGAUUCCCGAAUAUCGUUCCAAUGGAUUCCUGAGUACCAUGUGUUAUUGUGAACGGAUGCGGCGUAUUAUC